CACAGGGGAAAUGAAGAACUCUUGCUUCUGACUCUAUGGAUACAAGCACAGUCAAUGUGAAAUUAUACUCACAGUUUUGUGUUCCCGAGAGAAUGGAGAAAAGGAAACCUGAAAAAUUGCAGGCUCUGUUUCCCCUCCCAAGGCGGCGGCUGAGCGGCGGAGCCCCCCAAAUGGCCUGGCCAGAUGCGGCAGGUUUGCUGCUCAGCGCUGCCGCCGCCGCCACUGGAGAAGGCUCCGUGCAGCAGCUACAGCGACAGCAGCAGCAACAGCAGCAGCAAGAGGAGCAGCAGCAGCAGCGAGAGCAGCAGCAGGAGCAGCAGCAGCAGCAGCCACAGCAGCAUCUCCCGUCCCGCUGCGCCCCCAGAGCCGCGGCCGCCGCAACAGCCGCAGCCCCGCAGCCCCGCAGCCCGGAGAGCCGCCGCCCCCUCAAGUCGGUGCAGGACCAGGCGUACAAGGCACCCGUGGUGGUGGAGGGCAAGGUACAGGGGCUGGCGCCGGCCGGCGGAUCCAGCUCCAACAGCACCCGUGAGCCGCCCGCCUCGGGUCGAGUGGCGCUGGUGAAGGUGCUGGACAAGUGGCCGCUCCGGAGCGGGGGGCUGCAGCGCGAGCAGGGUGUGACCGCCUAUAAGACAGGCGCAGCGCUCAAGCACUGGGGCUGCAGGCGGCGGGGGGCGCAGCUUGGCGCCGGAGAGCAAAGGCCGUUCCUGCGCCUUCUGCACCUCGCGUCUGUCCCACCGCCCCAGAGCCGGGGCAGAAUGUCGGAGUCCAGAAAGAGAGGCCAAGGCCGCGGCAAGAAGCACCGAGAGGGGAGGAAGCGGGAGCGGGAGCGGGAGCCAGAGCCGGAGCGGGAGCCCGACCCGGGGGAGAAAGCCACCCGGCCCAAGCUGAAGAAGAUGAAGAGUCAGACGGGACAGGUGGGGGAGAAACAAUCGCUGAAGUGUGAGGCAGUGGCCGGUAACCCCCUGCCCUCCUACCGCUGGUUCAAGGAUGGCAAGGAGCUCAACCGCAGCCGCGACAUUCGCAUCAAGUACGGUAAUGGCAGAAAGAACUCACGACUACAGUUCAACAAGGUGAAAGUGGAGGACGCAGGGGAGUACGUCUGCGAGGCUGAGAACAUCCUGGGGAAGGACACAGUCAGAGGCCGGCUCUACGUCAACAGCGUGAGCACCACUCUGUCAUCCUGGUCGGGGCAUGCCCGGAAGUGCAACGAGACAGCCAAGUCCUAUUGUGUCAAUGGAGGCGUCUGCUACUACAUCGAGGGCAUCAACCAGCUCUCCUGCAAAUGUCCAAACGGAUUCUUCGGACAGAGAUGUUUGGAGAAACUGCCUUUGCGAUUGUACAUGCCAGAUCCUAAGCAAAGUAUGUUUGAAGAUACAAACACGAGUCCCUGCUCCUUAGAAAGCUUCCGGGUGCAGUCCCCCCACCCCCUGACGUAG